CCGCAGACGCCCCGAGCUCGUGAGGUGUGCGACUCUUCUACGCCGGCCGGUUCCUCGUCUGUUGGUUCUAGACCCUCCCCGCAGCCAUGCCGGUGACUGUGACACGCACCACCAUCACGACCACCACGUCGUCGUCCUCUGGCCUGGGCUCCCCGACCAUUGUGGGGUCCCCGAGGGCGCUGACCCAGCCCCUGGGCCUGCUGCGCCUGCUGCAGCUGCUGUCCACAUGUGUGGCUUUCUCGCUGGUGGCCAGUGUGGGCGCCUGGACGGGGCACAUGGGUAACUGGUGCAUGUUCACCUGGUGCUUCUGCUUCGCCGUGACCCUCAUCAUCCUCUUCGUGGAACUGGCAGGGCUGCAGGCCCGCUUCCCACUGUCCUGGAACAACUUCCCCAUCACCUACGCCUGCUACGCCGCCCUCUUCUGCCUCUCGGCCGCCAUCAUCUACCCCACGACCUACGUGCAGUUCAUGUCCCAUGGCCGCUCGCGCGACCACGCCAUUGCCGCCACUGCCUUCUCCUGCAUCGCCUGCGUGGCCUACGCCACGGAAGUGGCCUGGACCCGGGCGCGGCCCGGUGAGAUCACAGGCUACAUGGCCACCGUCCCAGGGCUGCUGAAGGUGCUGGAGACCUUCGUGGCCUGCAUCAUCUUCGCCUUCCUCAGUGAUCCGUCCGUGUACCAGCAGCGCCCGGCGCUCGAGUGGUGCGUGGCCGUGUACGCCAUCUGCUUCAUCUUGGCGGCCGUGGCCAUCCUGCUGAACCUGGGCGAGUGCACCAACGCGCUGCCUGUCCCCUUCCCCACCUUCCUCUCAGGGUUGGCCCUGCUCUCCGUGCUCUUGUAUGCCACGGCACUGGUGCUCUGGCCCCUCUACCAGUUUGACGACAAGUAUGGUGGCAAGCCGAGGCGCUCCUUGGACCCCUACUGUGCCCGGAGGCACAGUGACCAUGUGUGCGACUGGGACCGCCGCCUUGCCGUGGCCAUCCUCACAGCCAUCAACUUGCUGGCAUAUGUGGCUGACCUGGUGCACUCUAGCCGCCUGGUCUUUGUGAGGGUCUGAGCCAGCCUCUUCCUCCUCCCGAGGGUGCUGCCUUCCCCUGCCCCCACUUGAGCCCCUCGUCACUCUCUUCUGCACCCAAGUCUCUGCUGGACCCUUCCCACUCUCUUCUCUCACCCUUUCACCCUUUUCUGACUUUCUCUGGAACCCUGCCACUUCCUCCUCCUCUCCCCUCCCCCCUGCCUGUUCCCCAGCUCCAAAGGUGCUGAACUCUACCCCCACAUCCCUCUUCUUCGCCCAGUUCCAUGCCCUCAGCCCCCCAUGGGGGGCCUCAUUGCCAAAGCAUGCCUGCCCCACCCUGGCCGUGCCUUAGUCUGUGUAUGUGAGUUUGGGGGUGGGGUGGGGUCUGUAGCUAGGGAUUGGGCCCCAUUUUUUUUCCAGAGGAGAAAGGACAUACAGUAUACUUUCCAUUUAAAAAAAAAACGGGGGAGGGCAGAACAACAGUACAACAGAGCAUUUGCCUUCCAUGCGGCCAACCUGGAUUUGAUCCUCGGCAUCCAAUAGGGUCCUCCACGCACCGCCAGGAGUGAUUCGUGAGUGCAGAGCCAGGAGUCAACCCUGAGCAUCACCAGGUGUGAACCGGAAAGCCAAAAAAAAAAAUUGGGGGGCGGGGAAGCAGCUGGAUUCGACCCCCAGCAAUGCAGGGAUACCCCCGAGCACUGACCUGGGUGAUUCCUGAAAGCACCGCCCCUGCAAACAGCUCUGAAGGUGCAUCAUUUCCAGGAGGUGGGAGACACCCAGCACAGACCAGGGCCCUGUCCACCACCCAGUGCACUGAUCAUCUGCAGGGGUUUUCAUUCAACUUAAGGAACACCCUCCUCCCUGCGGCCCCCCCCCCCCCCCCCAGACUCUGGACCUCUGUGCUGGGCUCUCUUAGUAGUACCCAGAGUCAUGGAAGGAGCUGGCCAGGAACCCGUUACCUUCCAGACAACUGCCGGAAUAUGAAGUAUUUAUGAGGGGUUACUAGGUGCCCCACCACCUCCUCAGUGUCCAAAAUAGCAACAAUAGCACUACCAGCUCCUCAAGAAGGAGAGGGAAGUGGCCACUGCCCGCCUUAAAGGCCAUGUAGGCAGAGUCAGGAAAGGAGAUUGACAAGGUGGCCCCCCCUCCCUUAAAGGGGAAGUCAUUUUCUUUGCUUUUCCCUCCCUCUGGGAUGGCUUGGGGUGGGAGGAAUUGCCAUAGAGGGAGGGUCGCAUUGCUUGGCUGUGUUGCACAUGCGUGUCUGUGAGAGCUGCUUCCUGCUGCUGCUUCUGCUUCCCCAGGACUCAUGUAUCAUGUGAUAUAUAUAAAUGUAUAAAUAUAUAUUUUAUUUUUUUUUAAGUUCCCAAGGCUUUCUGGCAGCUAGGGCUGUCAAUCAGAGAUGGAAACCAAGUUGUGUCCCUUCUCCCACGCCCACAUCUAAAAUGUUCAAAACAUUUUUUUAAAUCUCAAUAUAAAGUUGAAAGAAAGGCUAA